AUGCCACCGACAUCAUCCACAGGCUACAAUACACGUCUAAAGGCACGUUACUCAACUGCGGACGAAAGCAACGAUAUAGAAUCCCCACCUGAGACCCCUAGCAGACCACCUACAUUCCCACAACAGCCGACCCCCAUUACCGUCAAACAGGUAAAGAGACGCGAUAUGGCUAAUGAAUCGACAGGACGUUCGACAGGUGGUGGAGAGCCCUCAGGCUCCCACACGCGUCGAACCUCAGAUGGCGAUGAUGUCUCUGAACUGGCAACAACAUACAAUCGGUUGGUGGCACAGGGGUUCCCAGCAGAGUUGGCCGCACAAGUGGCACAACAGCGAUGGGCAGCAAAGAUGGGAAUCACAUUGUCAACGGGUAGCAGCAAUAAUGGGGGCUCAAUGUCUGCCCUUAAAGAAUUCAAGGAUGAACACGACCACGUCAGCUUGUCGCUGAAUGAAAAGCUUGCAGGGGCCUCAAACUUUGAGGCGUUCAAACGCGAAGUUAUGGCGAGAGCAGUACUGCUGGAGGCCAACACCAUUCUCACCAAAUACGAGGAGCAAGCACCCGAGGACUCCACCCCUGAUGAGAGCAAGAUAUGGAGCUAUAAGAACAGGCGGAUGUGGGAAUGUAUAUGGAAUAAUAUGAAGUCAAAUGCCCAGACCCUCGCGCAGUCAAAACUACAGGGUGAUGAGGAAACCGGAAAAAUGGGGAACACCGCAGCUCUGUGGCGAGCAUUGGAACUUGAAUACCAGGUUCACGCGGCGGAUCACCAAAACACGUUAUACAGUCGAAUCUCCCAUAUGAACAUCUAUUGGCAUGGGGGGGAUCUCACCCCCUUUGUGCAGGACUGGCGUCAAACAGUUAAUGAAAUCGCAGCAAAAGGAUGGGCGCUGCCAGAUGCGUACCUCCGACAACGCUUUGUUGACGCGUUAAAAACCCACAAUCAGGACUGGGUACAAAAUUAUCUCAAGAACUUGCGGAACGGGCAUGACAAAAAUCACAUCCCUGUGUACGACCUAGAUGAUCUUAUCGACGAGCUUAUACGACUAAAGACUGUCGUCAAGAAGGACACGGGUAAAGGGAUGCAGUCCAAGAAGGCUAAGGACAGUGAAAAAGAGGGUUCGCAGAGCUCAAACACCCUGACUACCAAAAAUUCAAAGGAGUUGAACACGUCGCAGAACACCAAUCCGAGCACCUCACAAAACACCCAAAAUUCGCAGCGUUCGGACAAGGAAAGGACUGGGGUUAAAUGUCACUACUGCAGCUACCCAGGCCACAUAAAGAAGGAUUGUCACUACAAGAACUGGAGAGAUCAGAGUGAGGAGUGGCAGCAGUCCCGAAAAGCAAAGAUUGAGGAACUUGCUAAGAAAAACGGCGAGGAACCACCCGAAUUCCAGAGCUCAUUGAAGGGACUGGCCGCGUUACGUCCUCAACGCGAUCCGAAUUGGUAUUUAGACACUGGGUGUUCGGGCAAUAUAACACCCAAUAUGGAGGUGCUCAGCAGUCUGCGGCCCUCAGAUGACGGAAAUUUUGCGGAGGACGCCAAUGGAGGCUCUAUCCGCACGAAAGCAGUUGGCGAGGCGAAUGUUAUGUUGAAUGGGUCGACCCUACGCCUAAACGAAACGAAUUACACUCCAGAUGUGGCAAGUAAUCUCGUCAGCUUUGGUCAGUUGUUAUGUGAUGGGUUCGACUUUGAGCUACUUCGGGGAGAGGACAGUAAAAUGUACGGGUUUAAGAUCAAGGCCCCAGAUGGCGAGGUCUUUUACGCAACGAUAAACAACUCACGCGUCUUCCCCAUACAUGGCACCAAAGAAGCCGCAAUAGCGGCAGUGGCUAAAUCAGUCGUUCCUAAUCUGGCUAACACCCUAUUUGCAUGGCACGUCCGUCUGGGUCACCUCAAUGAAAGGGACAUUCUGAAACUGGCGAAAGACCCCCAGUCGGGUAUAGUUAUCAAAGGGGAUUUGAAGAUGCCCUUCUGCGAGACGUGCAAACUUUCAAAAGCGAAAACCAAGAUCUCACGGAUCCCCAUGCCACGGGCGAAGAAUCGUGGAUAUAGGAUUCAUUUCGACCUCGCGGGCGGUGGUGAGAGUCUUGGUGAUGGGUUGAAUGUCUUUUCACCUAGCAAUCAGGGUUACAAAUACGCGCUCCUAGUGGUUGAUGACGCCACUCGUUACAAGUUCACCUAUUUCCUCAGAGCAAAAAGCGAAGCCCCUGAUGCGGUUGAAUUCCACCUCAAACACCUAAAAGGAUUGGGUGUUAAUGUCGCGUUUGCAAGGUCUGAUUUUGCGACUGAAAUUGGGGGCCAAAAGACACAAAAUGUCCUCACCAAACAUGGGGUUAAAUGGGAACCGACGGAGCCGUAUGCUCCCUGGCAGGACGGGGUAAGUGAACGAGCGAUUCAGGACGUAGCUAUGAAGGCGCGCACUAUGAUGGUCCAAGCAGGUCUCCCACCUGAAAUGUGGGCGGAGUGCAUGCUAACCGCGACUCUGAUCUCAAACAUCACCCCUACCUCGACCGAAUUAUAUAGUGAGAUUGUACCCGAAGGACGUUGGAGUUCAAUGACGAGUUUUGAAGCAUGGGAUGGGAAACCUUACAAGCGGGCAAGUGCUCUACGCGCGAUUGGGACCCCCUGCUACGCAUUAAAGGUUGGUAACCAAAAGGAAAAAUCGAAGUUCGCAGCCCGCAGCGAACGCCACAUCCUUAUAGGAUAUUACGGGGGCUAUGCCUACCGUUUAUGGAACCCCACUACUAAGGAAGUUGUUGUUAGUAGUAGCGUAGAGUUCAAUGAAAGUGCGACAUUAAACCGCCUAGUUGGCCCUGCUCUGGACGAUCGCAAGACGUCAGAGAUUUCUUAUAAUACCCCCAGUGGUGAACCUGAGAAGGUUGACCAGCAGAUUUCCUACAAUCCCCCUGUUCCUGAGGACUCCCCUCUACAAACUGAAAUAACCCCUGCGGAACAACCCAAAAAGGACCAGCUUUUCCCAUCAGCCCAGGGGACGACUGGAAAGAAGCGCGGACGGCCAAAAGGUAGCAAAAAUAAGCCAAAGGCCCAACUAGCCGUAGCCGGGCAGAGGGAGAAUAUUGAUGAUGACACUGAUGAAGAAGUCGCCCGCCAACCGUUUAAGGGUUGGAAGGCAUUUAAAAAGCCUAAUCACGAGAUUGUCGCAGGGAUCCGCGUCCCAAAUACAUAUGGGGAAGCGAUAGAAAGCCCGCAAAAGGAGAACUGGCUUGCCGCGAUGAAGAAGGAGAUUCAAAGCGCUCAAGAUCAUGAACUUUAUGAAAUUGUCCAACGACCGUCCAAGGCCUCUGUGUUAGGGGACGGAAAAAUCACAAGCUACAAGGCACGUUGGGUGGUUCAGGGGUUCCGUCAAAAGAAGGGUGUAGAUUACGACUUGACAUACGCCCCCGUCAUAUCCGCGGAUACAAUCCGCACGAUUUUUGCAGUCGCAGCCUCAAAAGGAUGGAAGAUUCGCCAAAUCGACUUCGUGACGGCGUUUUUAAAUGCAGAACUCCCUGAGGGUGAAAGGCCCUAUAUGCAACAGCCGAAAGGAUUCGAGGUUGGGGACCCAGAGAAGAAUGCUCCCCGGAAUUGGUUCAACCUCAUAACCUCCUACUUGGGAAAAAUUGGAUUCGUCGCUAGCGAAUGGGACUCUGGGCUGUGGUAUAACCGCGAGAAGCAGGUGUAUUUGACGUUGUACGUUGAUGAUAUGAAGCUAGUGGGGCCCGACGAGGGUGCCCUAGAGGAUACGGCGAAAUUGAUCGCGAAGGAGUUCAACAUUAAGGACUUGGGUGAGGCGCGUCACUACCUGGGUAUGAAAGUAGAACGCGGGGACGAGGGAAUUUGCUUAUCUCAAGAGGUGUAUAUUGACCAGGCCCUUAAGAAAUUCAACAUGACAGAGUGCAACCCCGUUCGAACCCCCAUGGAUCCAGGAUUCGCCCCCGAGGGAGGUGACCCAUUUGAUGAGAGUUUGUACAGAGCGGCAGUUGGCACCCUACAGCACCUGGCCACGUAUACAAGGCCCGACAUUGCAUUCGCGGUCGGUUAUUUGGGGCGUUGGGCUAGUAAGCCUACAACAGCAUGCUGGGCGGCGGUUAAACACCUGCUUCGUUAUCUCAAGGGAACCAAGAGCCUGAGAAUCAUCUACCGCCAUACCGCGGAAGUCGGCACUAAAUUAAACGCGUUUUCAGAUUCAGAUUGGGCGGGUGAUGUUGGGGACCGGAAGUCCACCUCUGGAAUGGUGAUUUUGCUGGCCGGUGGCCCAAUCUCGUGGAAAUCCUCAAAGCAAGGGGUAGUGGCGCUGUCAACAACUGAAGCCGAGUACGUUGCGUGCAGUGAGGCGCUUAAGACAGUGAUUCGAAUCCGCGGCCUACUUAAUGAGCUGGGUCUUGCGGAUGGCAGUUCACCUGCUCCUACCAUCAUGAACAUCGACAAUACGGGCGCGAUAGCGGUGGCAAAUGGCGAAAAGGUGACGCGGAACGUGCGCCAUAUUGACAUACGCUUCCACCAUGUCAGGGAUGAGGUCCGCAAAGGGACCAUUAAGCUGUGUCACAUUGAGAGCGCGGGUAUGGCAGCGGAUUGUCUGACCAAGGCAUUAAGUUACGAGAUGAAUACCCGGGCGAUCGAGAUGCUCGGGCUAGUGGGUUGA